GCUCCAUGUCACACCAGCUGGCCUUCCCCACUGGGGGCUGCCUUUGGGGGCGGCUGGAAGCUGGUGUUUUAGGGUGCUGGUCCCUGCUCCCAGCUCUGCUGGGCGAGGGCUGGCAGUGCCCUGGCGCUGGGAGGGCAGGGAAGACACUGGGGUUGUUUAACCAUUAAACCUGGCGCGUCUUGUAAGAGGCGUGGACGCUGGCUCUGCUGCCACUUCACCCUGUACCUUGCACCCUCUUGCAUUCCCUGCAGCCAUGAAGCAAACAAAAGGGCUCGAGGGUGACAAGAAGUCCAUCAUAACAUUUGAAUUUAACCCCAAAGAUGGGAUAGACAACCCUGCCUUGUCGCUGACUGAGGACACGGAUGGUGAGGCUGUGGGUGAGCCCCGCUUCUACCUCCUGAGCAAGGGCAGCACGGAGACCUUUGGCUUCUCCCUCAACGAGGAGCUGGGCUGCCAGGGCCAUGUCAUCCGCCAGGUCGAGCUGGGGGGGCUGGCCCAGCGCAGGGGACUGCAGGACGGGGACCGGCUCCUCCAGGUCAAUGGCCACUUCGUGGACCACAUGGACCACCACAGGGUGGUGCAGAAGAUCAAGGCCAGUGGGAACCAGGUCCUGCUGGCAGUGCUGGAUGGUGACUCCUAUGAAGCAUCCAAGGCCCUAGGCAGGGACCUGUCCCAGAUGCUGCCUGCUGACAUCCGCCCGCGCCUCUGCCACAUCACACGGGACAAAAGCGGUUUUGGCUUCAGCGUGUCAGGUCCGGAAGGCGUGAAGGGCACCUUCCAGCUGUCAGUGCAGCAGGAUGGGCCAGCAGAGAGAGCAGGGGUGCCACCGGGCUCCUGGCUCCUGGAGCUGAACGGGGCCAGCGUGAGCAACUAUUCACACACGCAGCUCACCAGGAAGCUGAAGCAGAGUGGCAGCAAGGUGACGCUGCUGGUGGCAUCCAGUGCCGUGGAGGAGUUUUACCGCCUGCGUGGUCUGCGGGCCACGGCUGCCUUGGCAGACACCUCCUGGCUCCCCUUCAAGGUGCGGGAGCUGCACAUGGUGAAGGGUCCGGCUGGCUAUGGGUUUCUGCUCAAGGAGGAUGACUGCAGCUCAGGGGCCACAGGCCAGUUCAUGUGGGAUGUGGAUGUGGGGCUGCCGGCCGACCAGGCAGGGAUGAAGGAAGGGGACCGUCUCCUUGCUGUGAAUGGUGAGAGCAUCGAGGGGCUUGACCACCAGCAAACGGUGCUCAGGAUCCGUGCCCGUGAUGACCAGGUGACACUGGUGGUCAUCGACCCUGCUGCCGAUGCCUUCUACCACUCGAUGGGGCUGUCCCCUCUGCUUUCCUUUGAGGACAAUGACCCUGCCUCGGGCUCCCAUACAUCCUCCCUGCCCUCUCCCAGUGCCUCCCCUGGACUCUGUCACGUUGAGGUGGGACCAAAGGGACCUGGCUCCUGGCUGGUGGCUGCUGCCAACAGUAUAGGUUUCACACAGAGCCCAUCCCAGGAGGAGCAGAGGAGGCUGCAGCAGGCGUUCUAGUGACCCAGGAGCACCCUGCCUCUGGCCAGGCUCCCCAGCACAGCACCUCAUCCAGCCCAUCGGUGCGUCUCUCCUGGCUCCCCAAAGAGCACAAUGCUGCUCAUCAUGGCCAUUGCACAUAGAGCUGCUGUGUCUCCAUGCCUGCAGUGGGGCUUGCAGCAUCACCCCUCCAGAAACACAUCUCCACUGACUGAGGCUGGCUCUAAGCUUUUAUUAACUGUGUCUCUUUGUAACCUGAAGACAGAUUUUGCCUGCCCAGCUGCUUCCAAGGAUAUCUAGGGACAUUGCACUGAAGGCUUUGCCCAGCUCCAGGCUCUGAGAGCUCCAAGGAGAGCCGAAGAACUGUCCUCCAUGCCAUGACUCAGUGGACUAGGGAUCCUGAGGCUUGACUCAGCCCAGGGCUGGCCUUCGGUCCACUGUUUGAAGGGGAAAUGGAGCAGCAAAGGCCAAUGGGGUGCUGGAGGAAUCCCCCACUUCUCAGCCUGUUGGCUCAGGUUUGUCUCUGCAUGGAUGUCUCUCUUGUGCUCCUUCUCUCAUCCUUCCUGGGAA